AUGGUGCGACGCCGAGCUGCUGUUCUGGGUGGUUUGACCAAUCAGCAAUCGAUGACCGCCUGCCAGCAGCUGAUGCCGCCUUCCCGUCUCCAGUUGCCGUUGCUACCCAUGUACAACAAAAUGGCGGGCAGCGCUGCUCCACGCUCGCCGCUGGAAGUCAACAGCGCCCGAUUGCAGCGACUGCAGCGCAAUUUAAUGAAAUUCCCAACGCAGCCAAAUGCCGUUAUGCUGCCCAUGUGGUGUCGUUCCAGUGGGCAGCAGCAGCAGCAGCAGCAGCAGCGAUCGGCAAUUCGAGCUUUUGAGAAUCGUCAGAGGAAAGCAAGAAGCGAUAUUGCCAUACAAUUGGAACAACUGCAUCAAAUCAAGCGACAGCAACAACAACAACAACAGCUACGCAUGCAACACAUGCAACAUAAGCCACAAAGGCAACCACAAGAAAAACCAAAACCAAAAAGCUUUUUUAUGCCCUUUAAUUUUGGCAAAUGUGCCAGCAGUUUGAUCAAUUUUGAGGUUAAGGCGAGAAACGCAACAGGAUCCGUUGCUCAGCCAGCCAAUCAAAAGCAGCAGCAGCAAAUUCCAACAGCUGAUUUCAACUAUGUGCAGCUGGCCAAGCAAAUGUGCCUCGAGGCCAGACAACUCGCAAAUUGUGGCAGCAACAGCAGCAGCCAAUCACAAAUUGCGGCUCAGCUCGCGUUGAGCACAACGGAGCAGGAGUUGAAUUGCCUGGCUGCCGAUAUCGAUAGCAAUUUGCAGAAUUUACACAAAAUCCUUGGCACAGAGUUGCCACACUGUGCCGCAAAGUUAACACAGCUGACAGCGCCGAAUUUAAACAGACUGCAGCAGAGUAAACAUAACAUUUUGGAGAGUUUGGCAGCACAGCAUAAGGCUACACAGUUAAGCAGUCUGGCAGCACUGCAACAGUCCAGCAGUCUGGCAGCACUGCAACAGUCCAACAGUCUGGCAGCACUACAAGAGUACGAAAGCGCAGUUAACUUAGAGUUGCCACAGCGCGCACAAGCAGCAACUGCCACAAGCAACACAAGUCGCAGGAAGUCGAACAGCAACAAAUGCCAAUUAAACCUGAAUAAACUGAUCGAGGAGAACAAGUUGCGGGGCACCGACUCGGAUCCGCUGUGGCACUCCCUCAUGCAACUUGUGGCACAAAUGUGCGAAAGCAAGAAGCUAAGCGACGAUGCACGCUUAAGUGCCGGGUCUCAAAAGCAAUACUCCGUCUAUCUGAUGGUUACCUCCGACGAGGAGGACGAAACGGAGUGCAAUCCUCUACCGCAGUUGCAACAACUGCGAAAGCCUCGGCGCAGAAGACGCACCUCCUCCGGUUGGCAUCGGCACAUUGAGCUGCCCAUCUGCCAAUGCCUGGCAGCUGCAACACGACGACCGCUCCACUGGCCCAAGCAACAGGCUAUCAAGAUUCCGGAUCAAGGCCAGAGGAGGAACAGGCUGCCCAGUCGCAAUUCAAGUCGAACGCGUUCCCGACGUUCCCUGGGUGGCAACAGUUGGCUAACCCAACAAACAGCGAUUGUAACUAAUCCCAAAACUGGACACUAUCGGCACUAUCUUCAGCAACCACUGCCAAACAACCGUGCCACAGAGUUGAGCUUCAGCUAA